AUGGUUUUAUACACUUCCCCAUUUCCCAACAGCUUUCUGUCAGUUCUGCAUUCUUUUUCCUGGGGCCUGAUUUUCCCAUGUUACUGGUUAGCAGAUAGGCUUGUGGCCUCUUUUGUUCCAACGACCUAUGAAAAACGUCAAAGAGCAGAUGAUCCAUGCUAUUUUCAUGCACUCUGCAUCAUUAUUACCACUCCCAUCUACUUGGCACUGUUGGUAGCCUCUCUUCCUUUUGCUCUGAUUGGCUUCUUGUUAUGGUCCCCACUCCAGUCAGCCAGAAGGCCAUAUAUCUACUCCAGACUAGAAGACAAGAACCAUGCCAAUGGAGCCACACUGCUCACUGAAUGGAAGGCUGCAGGGAAUGGGAAAAGCUUCUGCUUUGGCAGUGCCAAUGUUUGCUUGCUGCCAGAUUCUCUGGCAAGAUUUAAUAAUGUUUUCAAUACCCAGGCUAGGGCUAAAGAGAUUGGCCGGAGGAUCCGAAAUGGGGCAAGCAGGCCACAGAUCAAAAUAUAUAUAGAUUCUCCUACCAACACAUCCAUCAGUGCAGCAAGUUUUAGCAGCUUGGUCUCCCCCCAGGGGGGAGAUAACACUAAUCGUACUGUUAAUGCCGGCAUCAAAAGGACAACAUCAAUGGAGUAUAAAGGAGACAAUUCUGGCUCAAACAACAGUGAGGAUAGUAGAGAAGAUAAAGGUGGACCCGGAGAGCCAAAUGAGGGAGAAGAAAACACUUGCAUUGUCCGCAUCAAUGGAGAGGAUAAUGGCCACAUGUCAGACGCAGAAACAGAUACCAUCAAUGGCCAGGCUCAUGCCAGUGGCCCAGCAGAGCCCUCACUGGAAGGUGACGCAGAGAUCUCAAAAACACCUAACCACAAACAGAAGGAAGGAGAUUCUGGGAGUUUAGACAGCUACUCUGCCUCACGAGAGUCUUUAGUCAAAGUUCGCGUUGGAGAUGGUACAGUGGACCAAAGCACUGUCAACAACAAGCUCCUCUACAAAGCUUCAAUCAUGAAGAAGACUUCAGUGCGGAAAAAGAAACAUACAGAUGAGACCUUUGAUCACGAGAUCUCUGCUUUCUUCCCUGCCAACUUGGACUUUCUGUGUUUGCAGGAAGUGUUUGACAAAAGAGCUGCGGAGAAAUUGAAAGAGCAGCUUCAUCACUAUUUUGAAUACAUUGUCUAUGAUGUUGGGGUCUACAGUUGCCAUGGCUGCUGUAGCUUUAAGUUUGUGAACAGUGGUCUACUUUUUGCCAGCCGCUAUCCUGUUAUGGAUGCUGCCUAUCACUGUUACCCCAAUGGAAGAGGAACGGACUCCUUGGCUUCCAAGGGAGCCUUGUUUCUCAAGGUGCAAGUGGGAAGUACACCUCAGGACCAAAGAAUUGUGGGAUACAUUUCCUGCACUCACUUGCAAGCUAUUGCAGGAGAUACUACUGUUCGGUGUGAGCAACUGGAUAUGCUUCAAGAUUGGCUGUCUGAAUUCAGAAAAUCUACCUCCUCCUCCAGUACAGCCAAUCCAGAGGAGCUGGUGGCUUUUGAUGUGAUCUGUGGAGAUCUCAACUUCGAUAACUGCUCCUCUGAGGACAAGCUGGAGCAACAGCAUUCUCUGUUUACACACUACAAAGACCCAUGUCGACUUGGUCCUGGGGAGGAUAAACCAUGGGCAAUCGGUACCUUGUUGGAUCCUGAAGGAUUAUAUGAUGAUGAAGUGUGCACUCCAGACAACCUACAGAAGGUGCUGGAAAGUGAAGAAGGAAGGAAAGGAUACUUAGUCUAUCCCACCAGCAAGAACCACAGUUCCAGUCAAAAGGGGAGGAAGGCAUCACUGAAAGGAAACGGGAGGAGGAUUGACUAUAUGCUCUAUACAGAAGAAGGUCUCUACCUGGAAUGGAAAGUGGAAGUGGAAGAGUUCAGCUUUAUUACCCAGCUAGCAGGCUUGACAGACCACCUACCCGUAGCAAUGCGUCUCAUGGUGUCUACAGGAGAAGAUGACCCUUAAAACUGACCAGCUCUGAGAGGUUAGAAGAGGGAAACGUUAACGAUAUUAAGAAAAUAUCAGAGCAUAAGAACGAACUAUUCUGGUGCCACGUUAGGAAAGAUGACCAGACCUGACCCGGGCUACUCCCAGAAUGUACCAACAACGGCGGAUAUAAGAAGGGAAGAAAUGGAAGGGGUUGUGGCCAAAAGCCACUGUCGCAAGUUGCUCAGGCAACAGGGCAGGCCUGUACUACCAUGCUUUCACUGUGGACCGAACGGAACCAAGAUGGAAGUCCUAAUUCCUUCUGAACCAGUGCCAUUCUUACUAAAACAUGUUUUUAUACUAAUAUAUAGCACAAUUUAGUUUGUAAUUAGUCUGUGAGUUAGUGCUGCUCAAUGGUUUUUUGCAUAAUUUCUUUGUAUAACUAAGAAGCUAAAGCUUUUUUUCUUUUUUUAGCCUGUUAAAGUUGUAGUAGCGUGCUUGCAUCAGUAGCAUGCGCCCGCACUGCAUGCCACUCUGAGAUAAAAUAGUCAGUAAGGUACCAUGGGGAAUAUCAGAAUGGAAGCGAGUUCAAAAAUCAGAUACCAGCCAAAGCAAGGCAUUCUGGGACUGGCAAACCCUUCCGUCCUUACAGAUGGACCUUAAACCAACGAAAAACUCUAUCUAGAUUUGCAGACCAGUAUCUUCCUGUCCGAUUUAAGGAUACUUAAAAGAUUUGGAAUUAAGAC